UAAUAUUCUGAUUGAUUUUAAUGAAACAUUGUAACUAUAUUCUGUAUAGUGCAUUACUGUUUCCAUUGCUAGCAUAUCAACAUAUCCCUUGUGCCUGUUCUUAAGAUGUGAAUCCAUUGCUUGAUGAGUGGUAUGUUAAUGUGCAUAUACUGUUAUCUGCUGUCUUUCCAUGUGUUUUAUAGUAUAGUACCAAGCUGUAAGUAAUCUGGUAGUUACUGUGACUUGGAUAUGUCAGAGCGCAGCUGUUGAGAUCAGUUAACUACAGCCGUCCCUCUACUGCUCCUGGGCUUUGGUGUUAGUCAGCACUGGGGUCUGUCAGCCUGAAAGGUACUGAAUAAAUCCCCUGUGAAACCAAUUUACCAAGGAGCCAGAAAAAGCAAAGCAACAGCACACACAAAGAGUGAACGUGUUCAAUUAUGGACAUCGUGUCUACUAGGCAGGAUUCUGGGAUGGAUUUGUCUCCGUCGGAUUUAGGUGAUGGCCGCCUUUUAUCAGAGUCACAGAGUGGGGAAGAAACCUGUCAAGAUACAGAACUCGUUGCUGCAAUCAUGAAGAGACGUGCCCCUCCCCCUCUCAUCACUACAGCGGUCUGGGAACGGUAUUACUUUGCUGACUGCGAGAUUAAAAUCAAAGAAUCUACAGAGUUCUAUGGGGCUGUUGUCUGGCCAUCGGCUUUAGUUCUCUGUUAUUUCUUGGAAACCAACCAAGACAAAUACAAUCUCGCUGAUAAGAAUCUGAUUGAAAUCGGAGCAGGAACUGGCCUGGUUUCUAUAGUUACUAGUAUUCUAGGAGCAAGGGUGCUCUCCACAGACAUUCCCGAGGUCCUGGGAAACCUGCGCUACAACCUCGCCCGGAACACCAGAGGCAGGUGUAGGCAUGAGCCAGUGGUGAAGGAGCUCACCUGGGGUGUGGAUCUGGAGGAGAAGUUCCCCCGAUCAUCCACUCACUUCCACUAUAUCAUGGCUGCGGAUGUGGUGUACAGCCAUCCAUUUCUGGAGGAACUUCUUGCUACCUUUGAUCACUUGUGUGAAGACAACACUGUCAUUUUCUGGACCAUGAGGUUCCGGUUUGAUAAAGAGAACAAAUUUGUGGACAGAUUCCAGACUCUCUUUGACCUGGAGUUAAUUUAUGAUCUCCCCAGCAUGAAAAUCAAGCUAUACAAGGCAAUGAGGAAAAGAAAGGUGGGAACUGAAACAAACAGAUUAGAAUGAAGUAAUACUGUACUACUCGGAGGGCAUGGCCAGGCAUUAGAGCUAGAAUUUAUGGGGUGUACAACAUUAAAUAAUGCUGUCA